UCAAUGCCUUUGCAGUAUGGAAUAAACUUGAUUGUUUAAUUCAAUAUAUAUGUGAUCUGUAGUCAUAUUUCUGUUCAUUUAUCCAAUGAUAGAGAAAUUCAUGUGGACGUUCACCAUCUCGUGGGCUUCAGAUUGUUUCUAUACGAUGUAUGAAUGAUAUCUUAUUUGGAAACUAUUCGAAGAUGGUUCGGGUGGCGGAUUAUCUAGUGAUAAAUUUGCUAGUUUUAUAUAUUUCCUCGAAAGGUCUCGCAGAAACAUUAUUGUGUGUCAGAUGUUCUAGCGAUAGUGAUCCUGAAUGUGAAGAUGAUCCGAAAUCACCAUCGCCUUGUCCAGAAUCACAACAACGUUCUGCUUGUCAAACCGUCAGAGAAAAGAAUGUGAAAGGUGAAAUUGUAAAAUUUAUUCGAGGUUGCUCAACUGUUUCACUGAAAAAUAAUAUGGAAGCUUCAGAUUGUCGUAAACGGAAUGAUAACAUUACAGUGUGUUAUGAACUUUGCUUCACAGAUGGAUGUAACUUAGGAACACAAUUUAGUCUUAGUCCCUCUUUGUGGAUAUUCCUUGUAUUACUAUUGCUCGGUUUAUAAUGUCAAGGACUUAUAUGUAUAGAAAUCAGAAUAUAACUAUGUUUUCAAAAUAAGUGUUUUAGAAUCAAAAGUAGUCAAACCAUAUGAAUAUUACAUUGUUUAGUUUGUAUAUUUAAUAUAGACAUUAGUUUAUUACUUAGCAAUGUGUACUAUACCAAGCAUUUAUCAGUGAUUUGACAAAAAUCUUAUUUUAUUAACAAGUAGCUCAAUUAUGUAUAAAUAGUUAUUUGAUGAUUAAUACAAAAGUGGUGUUUAUAUUUUCAGUAUCUAUAUUAUGAAAGCAAACGUGCUAUUUAUGAAGAUAUUUUGAAAUGUAAUUCGUUGAUAUUAUUAUGAUUUCUUUGUGAACUUUACUGAUACGAUAUCGGAACAUAGUACACAAUGUAUGUCAUGUUUUC